AUGGCCGUGUCCGCGCUCGGUCGUGCGCUUGCACUGGUUUUCCUGUUACGUCUCGCUAAGGCCGAUGACACCUAUAAUGUGCCCGAAGUCACUAUACAGGCGUUCAAGCCUAAAGGAUUUCGGGCUUCUAUACCAGAUGCCCCGAACCUAGCCCUCUUCGUAUUCCAAGGCAAUAUCAACAGAAAAAUCGAGUCGACACAAGUGGGUGAACUCCACGGCGAGGUGGUAUCACCCAAAAAUGGGAGGUGGGUGGUGGAGCUACCCGACGUGGCCCUGGCCGUCGGUGACGUCAUCAACUACCACGUGUUCGCGUCUGUCAGGAGUGCUGCCUAUGUGAAGGACAAGCUGACGUUUACUGUCACCAAACUGGAAGAUUACGCGCCUCUUGACGCCCCAACGACCCCCAGGAACCCGAACUGCGCGCCGACUAUCACUCGGGUGCGCGGGAGCGUCGCGUGCGCAGGACAGACCCUUUUUGAGGAGAACUUCGAUUCAUUAAGCACAGACAUUUGGCAAGUGCAGCAAUAUGUUCCCGUGGAUCAUUCUGAGCAUCCCUUCGUCUCAUAUCAACGUUCUGCAGUCUCUGUGCAGAAUGGGAACCUGCGCAUCGUCCCAUCACUGCAGCAGAACCAGCCAGGGUUCACAGCUGACAGCAUGCUGGAUUCCUUGGAUUUAUAUAAAGGAUGCACUUCAGAAACAUCAGGCGCCUGUUUUGUCCAAGCCAACGAUGGCAGCGGCAUCAUACCGCCCGUAGUCAGCGGUCGUAUCACCAGCAAGUCCGGCUUCGCGUUCACGUACGGAACCGUCACUGUGAGGGCCAAACUGCCGCAGGGCGACUGGCUGUACCCAGAAAUCUUACUGGAACCUUUGAUGAAGAAGUUUGUCUUCGGCAGUGUGAACUCUGGAGUUCUGAAGAUAGCGUGUUCAAGAGGCAACAAGGAGCUAAAUUCCGGAUCCACUAACUAUGGAAAUAAAGUGCUGUACAGCGGACCCGUCAUUGAUUCUUCGUGUCAUGAUACAUUACUUGUUAAGAAGAAUUCUAAUACCUUCUGGGGUGACGGCUACCAUGACUAUUCUGUUAAGUGGACUCCAGAGCGUUUGAUACUGUCCGUGGACGGACUGGAGUAUGGCCGGGUAGAACCAGCAUCGAACGGGCUGCGGGGGCUACUACCAGCCUCUUGUGCCGCUGUACAGCAAACUGGGAUGGCAUCUUUUGAUGAUCACUUCUACAUAACCCUCGGUUUGGCUGCGGGCGGUCAUACAGAAUUCCCUGAUGGUUCGCUAUCGCAGAGCAACCAUGAGAAACCCUGGAGGAACCAGGCCUCGAAGGCGGCUCUCAGGUUUUGGAACGACCUCGACGCGUGGAAAGCGACGUGGCGGCAACCAGAGCUGCUGGUUGACUAUGUCAAAGUGGUUGCUCUAUGAUUGUGUUGUGCGGUGACAGGGAUUGUAAGGAAAU